AUCACAACGUACACGGUGCGGGAGUUACAGAUGGUAUACACGUGUAUAUAUACUGGCGCACAGUGCAUGUAGUCCAAGGCGCUGUGUGUUCACACUAUGAUGUUCCCUACUGCGUUUCUGCUGCUAUCUCUUGUCUCUGUCGUGACGUCAAAAUAUGUCAACGACUUUGACAAGCGUUUCAAUUACGAAUGUCCUUCGGGGAAGUCCAUUGCUUCCUGGAAAAGCUAUAAUAGUGUCUACCAUGGAGACAGACGCUACAAGUUCACCUGUCAGAAUACACCAGGACUAGGAUACUGUCAAUGGCAUAACUAUGUGAACAGAUUUGAUCAGCCGAUAUCUUUCCGAUGCUACAAUGGCGUCAUUACCGGCGUCGGCAGCUAUCACAAUAGCUACUACGAAGACCGACGAUUUAGUUUCAACUGUUGCUCCCUGUACCGUAAACGUUUGGUGCGUUGUGGCUGGACCGGCUUUGUCAACAAUUGGAAUAAGGACCUCAACUUCAGGAUGCCUGAGGGACACUUCCUCAAGGGAGUCUCCAGCAUUCACAACAACCGUUAUGAAGACAGGCGCUGGAAAUUUGAGACCUGCGCGAUCCAGUGACGGAAACGACGUGCCAACAUGUAACCAGUCAAUACAUGCUGCUGUAAAAAUAA